CCAUCCCCCCACGCUGGACCCCGUGGCAAGCUGUGAUAUGCCCAAGAAGGAGCUGGGGAUGGCUGGCUGCAACUCUGGCAGCUGUGACAGCAUGGUCAGCACAGCUUCCAACCACUCACAGCGUAGUGACAACAGCUAUGACUACUUAUCAGUGGAAGAGAAGGAGUGCUUGAUGUUCCUAGAGGAAACCAUUGGCUCACUGGAUGCAGAAGCAGACAGUGGGGUCUCCACUGAUGAGACUGACUACGUGGAGCCCUCCAAGCUGCCUGGGAUGUGGCGCAGGAGAGACUCCAGCGGCCAGGAUUUGGAAAAUGGGGCUGCUCUCCCACAUGGAGGUCACCAACAUGCAGCUGAAGAGAGGAGCAGUAAGAACAUCUCUACCUUCUCCAGCUCAGCUCCAGCAGCAGUGGCAAGCCCAGGUUAUCACAGCCUUCCGAGGGGCAUCACUGUGGCAAAUGGAGCUCCUGCCAGCCAAGUGGAGGAGCCAGUGCCAGGAGACAAACCUGCCCAGGUGGCCAAGGAGGACAGGCUUGACCCAGCCAACACAAGCAGCCAGAUGAAGGGAACCUCGAUUACCCAACCUCCGGGGAGCCCCCAGUGGUCACGCACCGGCGGCUCAGGCGCCAAGGGGGAAACGGCCAAGGAGAGCAAGGCUUGGCCUGCGUGGGGCCAGGGGGAGAGAGCCAGGUUGGAGGAAGCCCCUCAGGACCACGACGCCAAGCGUGGGCCUCCCACUGCCCCCAAACCACGAAAGCUGCCCCCAAACAUCAUCCUGAAAACCAGCAAGAGCAGCUCGGCGCCGCUUGCUGCGGAGGCCAGCCAGAGGGCCAAGGCAGCUCCUCCAUCCCUGGCCAGCUCCCAGCCCAGUGACAGCGCUGCUGAAAAGCUGAGUCUGGGGCACCUGGACCCCAAGGACAGGGAGAAAGCUCAUCGGGAGGCUCUGGAGAAGCUCGGACUGGCCCAGGACAGGAGGGAGCCCAGCACCCACCUUCCGCCUGGCAACCACCCCCAACCCACCACCCCCCCCCAGGCAAGGCAGGUGCCCUCCCCCAGCCCCGGGGGGCCCGAGGCCGGCUGCGGGGCGGCAGAGCGCUCGGCGCCGGGCGCCCGGCAGAUGGCCUUCAAGUCCAACACCCUGGAGCGCUCCGGCGUGGGGCUGAGCAGCUCCAUGGCCGGCAGCAAGGAGCAGAGCGUCAAAGCCAGCAGCUCCCUGGGCAAGAUGUCCUUCAUCGAGCGCCUCGCCCCCAGCUUCCUCCGGGGCGGCCGGCCCCGGCCCCUCUCCCUCGGGGCGGGGAAGGACUUUGCUGGGCUGAAGGAGUCCGGGCAGGCGGAGCAGGAGAAGAGCAGCAAGCGGCGCUCCCACCCUCUGCAGAGCUUCCCCAGGCCCCCUCGCUCCUCUGUCAGCGUGAAGAUCUCCCCCAAGGGCAGCACGGAGGAGAACCGGCGAGAGGCGCUGAAGAAGCUGGGGCUGCUGAAGGAGUAG